AUGUCAUAUGCGCAUCAUACGGCAACCAAUCGGUGUCGGAAUCUCCAGGAGAUAAGUCUGCAUUCACUUUCUCCUUCCCAACGAUGGCAGCUCUUUGUUUGUCUGUUCAAUCGUCCCUAUGCAUAUUCGCUGGCAAGAUUCGCUUCUCGGGUGACUUUAGCUCCACCCACGGCCCGAGGUCCUAUCGACCAUCUGUGGCUAGACUACUCACGAGUCACUGGUACUCUAAACCAAAUACAAGUCUCAGAACCUGGUGGACCUGCAAACGUCCGCCUCCAGUGGGAAGUAAUCCAUGAUGAUAUUGGGACGGAGAUUUGCACCACGUGGAGAGUUUCUGUGAAGCCAUUACGUUCAUAA